AUGGUUUUAAACCCAAGUGUCCCGCUGAUCUCUUUUUCACGACGUCGCAUCAUCCGACUAGUAGAAGAAUUCUGGUACUUGUGGCUGAUCGAACGACAUUACACGCUUCGUAUGCUGCGUUGGAGUAUUCUAUGUGUAGAGUGCAAGACGAAGCAAUUGCAUGUACUAUGUAAAAUUGCUGCAUCACCUACUACGCGUGCUGAUUGCGGUAUCGUUGUGGGACAUUCAAUACCUUUUCUGACCGUUUUUACAGCUUAUAGCAAGGUUUUAAUGGAUUCAGUGGGAACAACAAUUUGGGAUCAUGUGUAG